CGACCGGCCGGACGGCGACACCACUCGGCAGUAGCACACAUGCUCGGCGCACGGCCGGUCGAACGUUUCUCGGCACACGAUCGUCGUCGGAGAACGUAGCCGCGCAACGGACAACGUCGGUCGCGUGUGCGCAUUUUCACGCGUCGCACACUCCCCCGGUCGCCGCGCGCGCACUGCCACCCUCGUGGUCGUAGUCAACCACUACCGCGGUAAUAAUUGCAAAUUUACAAUAAUAUUAUAAUAGUAAUAUAAUAUCAUCUCUGCUGCCGCCGCGCUGCAGAGUCGGCGGUCGUCGUGUGCGGGACUACGCGCGUUUUCGCGGUUUUCGACGGUUUCGCGCGCCGCGGGAAAGUCAUGCGAACACGAUACUUGACCUAACGAACACCGUACCGUUAUAUUAUCGCGGAUCUAUACAGGCACACACAAAAGUUGCAUCGUUCGCACACAGUACGAUUAGCUCGCUGAUCAUGUCGGCUUCCAGCGGCAGAGACAAGACGGACGCUGCCGGCAGCAGGUGCUCCGGCGGAGCACAAGAAGCAGGAAGUUGCGGCGUGCCAGAUAUGACGUCUAUAUCAGACAUAGAUGAGGACGUUAUAAACCGAAAUUUGCAAAAAAGAUACUCAGCUAAUCACAUAUACACUUAUACAGGAACGAUAUUGGUUGCAGUGAACCCGUACAAGGAGUUGGGAAUUUACUCAAAUGAUUACGUGUUUCAAUAUCACGGAUCAAAAAUCGGUGUGUUGGAACCGCAUGUGUUUGCCGUGGCGGAAGCUGCAUACAACAGCUUACAAACGGGCGACAUCGACCAAUCGUGCGUGAUAUCUGGCGAAAGCGGAGCGGGCAAAACGGAAACCACUAAAUUCAUUCUGCAGUAUUUGUGCUCAGUGACCAGCAACGUGAGCACGUGGGUCGAACAGCAGAUACUCGAAGCCAACACAAUUUUGGAGUCGUUUGGUAACGCAAAAACAGCGCGAAACGAUAAUUCUAGCCGCUUCGGAAAGUUCAUGCAAGUGUGUUUCGACGGCAGAUGGAUGAUAAAAGGAUGCAUCAUACAGGACUAUCUGCUGGAACAGUCUAGAAUUACAUUCCAGAGUGCUGGUGAACGAAACUAUCACGUAUUUUAUCAGCUCGCCGAGGGCGCGAGGCAUAAUAAGGACUUGGUUGAGCUGUAUAAAUUGAAACCACCAGAGUUCUACAACUACCUGAACCAGUCGGGCUGCAUAACCAUCGACGGUGUUUCGGAUGUACACAAAUUCGACGCGCUGCGUUUAGCGUUCAACGUGCUCCGCAUACCACUCAACAUGGUCGAUGGAAUUUUCUGCGUCCUGUCAGCAAUCCUGUGGCUGGGAAAUACAGUUUUUCGGGACGUCGAUGGUGAAAAAUGUCAACUGACUGAAAAUGACCACGAAAUACUGUCAGUCGUGUCUCACCUACUUGGACUGCAAAAAGAAGACGUGGUCCACGUUGCAUUGCUCAGACAGAUAAACGUGCGCGGCAACAUAACUGAAAUACCUCUAAAAUUGCCCGAAGCGAUCGAAAACCGACAUGCGAUGGCCAAAGCACUAUACUCGCGAACUUUCGCGUGGCUCGUGAAUCACAUCAAUACCUGCACAAAUCCUGGGCAAGAUACAUCAAGGUUUCUUGGCGUGCUCGACAUAUUUGGUUUUGAAAAUUUCACUAUCAAUUCGUUCGAACAGUUAUGCAUAAAUUAUACUAACGAAAAAUUGCACAAGUUUUUCAAUCACUAUGUUUUCGCAUUGGAACAAGAAAUUUACCGACAAGAAGAAAUCAAAUUUUCACAUAUUCAAUUCACCGAUAACACGACCUGUCUGGAACUGGUCGAGAAACCACCUCGCUGUAUUCUGAAGUUGCUGACUGAACAGUGUCACAUGCCUAAGGGGUCAGAUACUACAUACUUGAUGAAUUUGCACACGGAAUUCGAGAAUCAUCCAAAUUUCGUGAAAGGAGACGACCGUCGGAAAUGGGAAUCGGAAUUCAGUAUUAUGCAUUAUGCUGGUUCCGUUACGUAUACCGCCAGUGGUUUUGUUGACAAGAAUCGUGAUGUACAGCAAGAUGUGUUUUUUGAUUUUAUGACACGUUCGACAAACGUCUUUGUGCGUGAACUUAUCAAAUAUCAGGAUUUACUUGGAUCUACUGUGUCACGGAUGGGUAGCGCCAACUCAACAUCCACUAGAGGGACCACUAAAGGUCGACCCACCGUUAGCGAUACGUUCAGGCACCAAUUGCAAGCGUUGGUAGAUGUCUUGCAAUCCACAAACCCAUGGUAUGUGAGAUGCAUUAAACCUAACACGAUAAAAGCACCAAAUCAUUACAAUGAGAAGUUAGUGUUAGACCAGCUGAAGUACUUAGGUAUGUUGGAUAUAAUCAGAAUCCGAAAAGAGGGCUAUCCCAUACAUAUGUCAUUUCACGAGUUCCUAAGCCGUUACCGUUGUUUGGUGAGAACAAAACUGCCCGGUGAAGAGCGCUCAGCUGUUAAGGCGUUUUUGACAUUACAAGAAAUUCCUUCAGAAGAAUGUCAGAUAGGCAAAUCGAAGGUUUUUCUUCGGAACAAAGCACAUGAGCCACUCGAAGAUAAACGAAAGGUAAUGCUCAACUUUAUGGCUACGACUAUUCAACGAACAUGGAGAGGAUACUUCGUUAGAAAAGAUUACAUUAAAACACGGACCGCGGUAAUAAUCGUACAAACGGCGUUCAAGAGUUGGAAACAACGCUUGGUGUUUUUGAAGAAACGUCGAGCCGCAAUCGUAAUCCAGUCGCAUCUUAGAGGAGUUUUUGCUCGAGAGGUCGCUGCUGCUUUGCGAGAGAUGAGACGAGUAGAAGAAGAAAUGCGGAAACGGGAACGCGUAGAAGAAGAAAAACGCAAAGCUGAAGAACUCAAAGAAAAAGCUCAAGAAAAUGAACAAUUAAACGAAUUGCAAAUCGAAAAAGAAGAAAAGAUAUCCGAAAUCGAAUUCGCAAAACUAGCUGAACAGUUAAAUUCUAGACUUCAAGUAGAUCCAGCACACGAGUCCGUGGAUUUGGAUAACCUAUUUGCCUUUUUGUCUGAUGUGCAGUCUGGCCGCUCAAUAGACACUGUGGGAGACCGUAUGAAGGAAAUAGUAAGCGAUUUCGAUGAGUUGGAGAGUGUGAUCCAACGAGAAAUAGAAAUUGUUGAAAUGGAGCUCGAGAGCAGGGGAUUGGAAAAAUCAUUAUCGUCGUCUCCAGCAAAUGCAAUGCAGGUGGUGUUACCAGAACCGUCGCAUCCACCCCCACCACCACCACCGUUUAAUCAACAGCCAACAAAAGCCAAUGAUGAACCAAUUUAUGAGGCAGUGUUGCCCAGGGAUGAAGAUAACGUUUCGCCGCCGCCACUACCCACGCCACCUCACAAACUGAUCAGAGCUAAGAGUCCUGUUGCAAUCGAAAGCGCCAACAGAUCUAUAAGUCCAGCCGCCACUGCCGCCGCCCUAUCAUCACCACGGCAAAGUAGGCCCAGCUCGAGGACUUCCGGAACUGGAGGUGCGAAUUGGAAGCAUAACAAUGGAUUUGUUGAAGAUACUACGGAACGCGAUCAGAGGAGGAAAUUUAGAGUGGAAAAGAAAUUGCAAGAGAUGGAAAACAUCCAAGAGAAGUUGAACGUCGAACCACUGCAUGACAACUAUCAUGAUAUCCUCGAGUUUGCCGAAAACUAUUUCAACGCUCACGAGCGUUCGCCUGAAGGAACGAUAAUAGCCACGCUCAAGAGGAAAAGCAAGUCAUUGGAAAAGAUACCUAUGUACGAAAUGGUUUCGUUCCACCGUGGCUCAACUAUUCCGACAUCGCACAUACACAUGUACGAUCCGGAUAACAUAACGAUAGCCAUAUCAAUAUUUAGAGAUCUCUGUAAAUAUACUAGAGGUGAUAUAAAACAAGACAACGAAGUACAAAUCAUCCAGUCGAUAAUCGGCGCAGGAAUCAACCGCGAAGAGUUGAGAGACGAAAUUUUCGUGCAGUGCAUGCGACAAGCGACAAAUAAUCCAAACACGGAGUCCACCGAGAGAGUGUGGUUGCUCAUUUGCCUCGCGAUCGUUGCGUUCCAGCCCAGCAAGUUACUCUACAAGUAUUUUGUGAGCUUCUUACGGAAGAAUUUGCAGUGCGAGGGAAAACUUAAGCAGUACGUUCAAUGGUGUCUCGACAAUUGCAAAAACACGAAAGUGUCGUGUCGACAGUAUCCACCGUCAACAGUUGAAAUCGCCGCUAUGCGGAGACUCGGCACAAUCGUCUGUAGAUUUUUCUUCCUGGAUGGCCGAACCAAAGCGAUCGACAUUCAUCCAACGGACACAGCCAGUGAUGCAGUUUACAAACUUGCAGACAAAUUGUGUCUGAGGUCGAUCGACGGUUGGUCAAUAUAUCAGAGUCGAUCAGACGGUGAAGAACACGUUCGCGCUCAUUACUAUUUGUAUGACAUAAUCGCCGCUUGGCAAUCAAAGCAGCAAAUCAAACAGACAACUCAAUCGAGUAGUAGUUUCCCAUCGUUGAGCCGGCGUUCGAGCAACACGACUUUGACUAGUGGUGAAAACCGCUUCAUAUUCAAACGUCGACUGUUCCGGCAUUCCCGAGAAAUUUCGCAGGACCCGAUUGAAGUGAACUUAUUGUACGCCCAGGCCGUCUACUGUGUUGUGAAGUGUGACGAUUUUCCGGUCAGUGAAAAGGUUGCUCUCCAAUUAGCCGGACUUCAGUGCCAAGUGUCACUCGGUGAUCCCAAGGAAUCGACUUUGGAGUAUUACGCGGAUGUCGAAAAUUAUCUACCGUUUAGAAUAAGCAGAAUAAGGAGUUCUGAUACUUGGGUACCGAUAUUGGCGCAAGCUCAUCAACAAUAUGGCGCUGGCAGAUCGGAGGUAAUGGCAAAGGUUUUGUACUUGUCGUGUGUAAUGCAAUAUCCGCUGUACGGCACCACGAUGUUCCACGUUACCUACAGGGGCUACUGGUCUUACGGAAACACUCUAAUACUCGGUGUCAACUGCGAAGGGCUGAUGUUGAUCAAACCGGAAGAUAAGUUCGUCAUGUACGAGUUCAGGUACACUGACGUUGAAUCAAUAUUUUUGGACCCCAGCGAUUGUUUCCUGACCAUAAACUUGAUGAGACACCAAAACGAUAACGCUUCGGCUCACAAGUGUUUCGUCUUUGAAACGCAACAGAAAUCUGAAAUCGGUUCGCUUAUUGUCAGUUAUUGUCCGGGACUGGCCGGUUGGAUAAUCGAAAACGAAGCUCCAGUGAAAGCAAUAACGAACGACGAUCGCAUACGACUUUAUCACAACGUGAUCAAUUGCCGGCGCAAUUUGAUCGAUUCAGACAUGUUGAAUAAACCUCAGGACACCUCUGGUAGUUUCUUGAAGAAUACCUUGCGCAGAUUGAGUAAACACAAAUUAGAAAAAUUAUGGGCCGAACACAUUGGAUCGUUGUCAGAACAUGGAGAAACGUACAAGGGAUUCUCGGGUUCUUAUUGGUCGUUCAGUAGACAGACAAUUUCCCAAAGUCUCAGUCGAUUGUCUGAACAAGAUGAACAGAUCGCCUUGCAAAUGUUCCAGAUCAUACUAAAAUAUGCUGGAUUAGGUCAAAAUGGAGAAGUCGUCCGGCGAGCCGAAGACGAACACGUAACUCUUAUACAGAACGUUAUGGAAAGAUCCAUGCGCAAGGAGUCGCUACUUUGUGAACUUUACCUGCAGCUGAUCAAGCAAACCACCGAACAUCCAGAUCCAAACUCGAGAGUCAACCUCAGGCAUUGGGCAUUGUUGUCCCUAACGUGUUCGGUAAUCUUACCACCACAACGCAACAUACGAAAAUAUUUGAUUGCUCACCUGCGAAAGUGCGCCGGCGAUUGUGUGACCGAGGAAGGGAAGUAUGCUCGAUUUGCGGAAAAAUGUGUGUCAAAAACUCAAGGUACGAGGAGACGACAGUGGCCGCCGUCUAGAGAAGAAAUAUUGUGCACGAUAAACAGGAGGUUAAUUUAUGCCAGAUUUCAUUUCAUGGAUGGACAAUACCACGCCAUUGAGUUUCAUCCAUCUUCAACGGCUAAAGAUGUGGUGGAAAUCGUUAAGAAUAAAAUUGGACUUAGGAAGACAGCGAUGGGAUAUGCGAUCUACGAGGUGUUGGGCAAUUCCGAACGGAGUUUGGUCGCCGAAGAAAAGCUUGCCGAUGUCAUGUCGAAGUGGGAAAGAUACAGGAAUGCCAACACUGGAACGGCAAACACGUCCAAGCCAAUUCGAAAGCACAGCCACAUAUUCCUAUUCAAAAAACACUUGUUCCUCGACCAGUACAUGGAUCUGGACGAUCCAGUGGAAAAAGAAUUGUUGUACCAUCAGGUGCUGCAUGGCCUCCGGUGCGAUCGAUUUCCAGUUACCGAUAACGAAGCGGUUAUGUUGACCUCUUUACAAGCUCAAGUAGAAUUAGGAGACUGCGAAGAUACCGUAUUGGAAUACCGACAAGUUUCAUGUCAUUGUCUUCCAUCGAGGCUAGUCACUAACAUACCCAACGAGGACGUGGCGAUGCACCACCAAAGUUUGAGAGGAAUGACUUCGGCUGAGGCCAAAAAAGCUUUCUUAAACCUGAUCAAAAGCUGGCCACUUCAUAGAGCUACCAUAUUCGAUGUUAUGCAAUCGUUCACCUCGAAUUGGCCUCGUGUCCUGUGGUUAGCCGUGGAUCAAGCCGGUUUACAUCUACUGGAACACCGUUCUCGAAAUGCGUUGUGUUCGUACGAAUAUGACAGUAUCUUGAGUUACAGUCCGGCCGUAAAUUGUCUGAUGAUUAUCACGGGCAGCGACAAAAAGCAAAGCAAGAUCAUACUGACCACUUCGCAGGCAUUCCAAGUGGCGAACCUCAUCCGCGAGUACACGGAAGUGUUACAGUCACCGCAGACGUUCAAGAAGCGCGAAGGCGGCGGUGGCCGCAAAAACGGGAUGAACGGUUCGAGCUCGAGGCCGGUGAGCAUACUGCACAAACCGGCGCCGGCGAUCGAACUUCAGACAUGAUCCGAAGACCGACGACGGACGUCCGAUCGACGACAGCAGAAAAACGACGAUUGAUCGGACAACAGCAAAACAGCAAAACGCGCGUAUAUCAAGAGAAGACCUACCUAUAACGUAUUCCGACUCAUCUACCGCCGUUGUUAGACAAACAUGAUAAUUAUCGUGCUAAGUAUACCUAUAUCGAGUGUUUUGUAAUUAUUAUGGUAACCAUCUGAUUGCAUUUUAUGUACGUGUAAUUAAGAUAUGUAUAUUUUUUUUUUUAUAUAAUGGAAAUUCAACGCGACAAAUAUGAUGAUUCGCACGGCGUAAAUCGUUUUUUUUUUUUUUUACAAACCCUGUUAGGUAUAUUUUUACGUUUCGAACUGUCGGGUUUCGUCAAAAUCGAAAUCAUAAUAAUAAUAACGUUAUAGUUAAAACCGAAAUAACCGGUUAUAUGACGUAUCGUAUAUUAUAUAUGUAUUGUAAUAUUGUUUUUUCAACAUAGUGAAUUAUUCGAUCGAACUAAUAGUUAAACUACAGACUUUGUCGAACGAUCUAUCAGGCGAUUGCCGAAAAACCUAAAUAUCAUUUAAAUCUCACACAAAAUAAUGUAUAUGCCCAUACCGACUACAACUGUUGUACACACAGCGAAUACGCCACGAAUAAUGUGAUUAUUUGCGUGCAACAACUCGGGCGCUCACCGGUGUACCUAUAUAUAUAUAUAUAUAGGAACUAGUUAAUUAUUUGUCUACUACUCGUGUAUAUAGUUUAUAUUAUAAUGACAGUAUAUUGGCAUUUAUUACUGAUAUUGUGUGUAUUCGUGUACGUUAAUAUGUAUACGAAUAUGAUACACCCAUAAUAGUGUAAUGAUUUUUAUAAAUUCUGUUCUUAUUCUCUUUAAAUCGAUGUACGAAAAUUAUCGAAUAGGUAUACAAUUUCUCGUUGUUACAGUUUUAUAGUUAAAUAUCUAUAAACAUAUUAUAUUUCAUUAAAUUAUCUUAAUCGGUAUAUAUAUAUAUAUAUAUUUAACAUAUAGACAUAUAUCCAUAGCUAAAAUUAUUUACUUAAAUAUUGAAUUGUAUGUUUUAUGUGUAUUGUAUAAUUAAUAAUAUUAUAAUUCGCAGCGCGGAGCGUGUGGUAACGUCACGAUGAAACGAUAACAUUUUAAAGUAUAUUCUCUUCGAGCGCCGUGUCCGCGUGACGUGUAUUUAAAAGUUCGGCGUAAUACCUAUAAGCGCGGGCCAAACGUAAAAGUCGACGGAUUCCACGAGACAUUUCGUAACACAUCGCUCCGACUUCCGGUCAACCGCUGUCGUCUCGUUUGGUCGUAAAAUCGGAUUUCCGGACGCAUCGCGUAUA